AUGACCACUGCGGACACGGCCUUGCCGGCCAUCAGCACGCUGACCGCGGUGGGCCUCUUAGAUUCACAGGAAUACUUCCUCAAGUGGUGGCGCCAGGAAGAGGGGCAGGAUCUGGGGCCUGGCCCCCCGGGGCCGCCCCUCCACGUGAAACAGGAGUCGGAGGACCCGCCCGUCGAGGACCCAGACCCGGCGAGGGACACGGUCACCCCCUGGGACCUCGACCUCCUGCUCACCAGCCUCCAGAGCUCGGAGCCGGGGGGCGCCCCCCAGGCCUGCGCUCGCCCGCCCCCUGAAGGCGCCGACGAGGCGUUCCCGCCGCCCCCCGAGACUCUCGCAGCCUAUGCGGGCGGCCCGGGGCUGGUGCCCGGGCUCCUGGGUCCCGACGAGCACCCGUGCUGGGCGCGCCCGGCUUCCCGGGCCCCGGGCCCCGACGCCUUCGUGGGUGCCGCCCUGGUCCCGGGCCCCGAGCCCAAGGCGCGGCCGCUGCACCCGCUGUACCCGGGCCCGAGGGCGGCCGCCCCGGGCAGCUACUUCCCGCGGGCCGGGCUCUCCGUGCCGGCGGCGCCGGGCGGCCCCUACGGGCUGCUGUCCGGGUACCCGGCGCUGUACCCCGCGCCCCAGUACCAAGGGCACUUCCAGUUCUUCCGCGGGCUGCGGGCGCCCGCGCCGGGCCCCGCGGCGCCCCACUCCUUCCUGAGCUGCCUGGGCUCCGAGUCAGCGGGCGGCGCCGGGGACUCGGGCGGGAGCGCGGAGACGGCGGCACCCCGGCGCAGCCGGAGCGCCAGCGCGCGCAAGAAGCCCGCGGCGCACCUGUGCUCGCACCCGGGCUGCGACAAGAGCUACACCAAGAGCUCGCACCUGAAGGCACACCUGCGCACGCACACCGGGGAGAAGCCCUACGCCUGCACGUGGGACGGCUGUGGCUGGAAGUUCGCUCGAUCGGAUGAGCUGACCCGCCAUUAUCGAAAGCACACGGGACAGAGGCCCUUCCGAUGCCAGAUCUGCCCACGUGCUUUCUCACGCUCUGAUCACCUGGCUUUGCACAUGAAGCGCCACCUCUGA